AGGCACGCGAAGAUAGAAAAUGGCACACAUAUCAUAAAGUGAUACGUGAAGAUAGAUAAAACACAGAGAGAGGAAAGUAGCAUGUGUUAGGUCGAGGAAUGGUGGAAUAAUGAGGUGCUGAGAGAAGGGGGCGAUCAGCUGGGCGGCGCCGCGGGGAGGUGGUGAAUGUUGUGUCACGCGGCGUAGCAAGGCGCAGUAGCGGGAGGAGGCGGCGGGAGGAGCACGUCUGUCACCAUGGCGCUCACACAUUUCCUCGACCACCUUCACGCCACUGCACAAUUCACCAUCAACGAGUACCCGAUCACUUGUCUGGUGGGAGUGAUAUCAUUGGUGGUGCUGCUCCUGGCCCUCUCUCGCCUGCAGGUCUCCUCCCCAAAGGAGAUCACGGAUGAGAUCAAGAGAGAAAUAAAAAGCAAAGUUGACAAUGUCAAGGACUUUGUGGGUGUGGGGACGCGGCCAAGGUUCCGCAAGCGGGACAAAAUCUACUUCUAUGGCAAAAAGAUGCUGCGCAAGGUCAAGGCCAACAUCCCCACCCGACCUGCAGCGUCACGGCUCCUGGCCAAGCGUCUGGCACGACAGCUGCUGGGGCGCUCGGAUCGAGACUCCCCACAGCUGGAGGUGAUUGAGCCUCCCAUGGAGUACAUGCAGGAGGACCUCACACACUUGGACCCCAAUGUACCCACAGAGUUUGUGUUUAUGCUGCGAAACAUCAGAGUGUUUGGCCAUUUUGACACACCACUGUUCCUGGAACUUUGCAAGAGUUUCCAGACGAUUCACCUCUUCAAGGGACAAAGGCUCUUUUCUAUUGGUGACAACGACGAGAACAUCUACAUUGUGCAGAAGGGAAGGAUCAGUGUUUACGUCUCGGAGCCCGACGGCAGCACAUUCUCCCUGAAGGAAGUGCUGCCGGGGGAGUCCAUCAUCUCCCUGCUGUCGUUCUGUGACAUCCUGACGGGCCACCCUCAGCCCUACAAGACCAUUGGGGCACGUGCUGAGGAGAAGUCCAUUGUCAUGAAGAUCCCUGUGGAGGCCUUCAGGGACGUGUUCAAGAAGUACCCAGAGAUGUUUGUGCGAGUGGUGCAGAUCAUCAUGGUGCGCCUUAUGAGGGUCACCUUCACUGCCCUGCACCAGUACCUUGGCCUCUCCUCAGAACUCAUUGACAAGGUGCCACGGAGGGACAGCGGAGGCAAUCUGGUGCCUUCCCUUGCCUCGCCCAACAAAGUGAAGCGAGACAGCGGCUCCACACCGGACGGGGAGGAGGAGGGCGGGGGACCAAGCACACCGGUCAGGCAGAGCAGCGUACGUAAGAUUGUUCUGGUGGACCCCAAGGAGGAGACAGACGAUGGUCACUCCCUCAGGGUGGCGACUGAGAAGUUCCAGGCACUGCUGCACCUCGACUCGGACGAGAUCCUGCGGGACUCAGUGGAGGUGAGGGACGUGCCACCGGGGUCCUUCCUCAUGAAGCAGGACUCUAUGCAAGAAACUGCCCUGGUCUAUAUCCUGGUGGGGACUCUUACAGUGUCCCAGCAUGAUCCUGAAAGAAAUGAUGUCAAAUUGUUCACUGCUUGUCCUGGGGACCUGGUGGGAGGCCUUGCCGUACUCUCCGGCGAUCCGUCCUUCUUCACCGUGAAGGCUAAGCAUGGCGCACGCAUCGCCACCAUUACCAGGGCCACAUUCUUCAAGAUUAUCAAGAAGAACCCAGAGGUGGUGCUACACGUGGCCAACACUGUCAUCCGCCGGCUAUCUCCCUUCGUGCGGCAGAUAGACUUCGCCUUGGACUGGGAGCACCUGGAGGCUGGCAGGGCACUCUACAAGCAAGGACAGACCACUGACUCCACUUUCAUUGUGCUGAGUGGACGGCUACGUUCGGUGAUCACUCACAAGGAUGGACGCAGGGAGGUGGUGGCUGAGUACGGCAAAGGGGACCUGGUGGGAAUUGUGGAGCUGCUGACACAGACUGAACGCAGCACCACCGUCAUGGCUGUCAGAGACUCAGAGUUGGCCAAGCUGCCUGAGGGACUCUUCAACAACAUCAAGCUGAAGCACUCUGUCGUCAUGACCAGACUUAUCAAACUCCUUGGUGAAAGGCUGCUUGGCUCCUGGAAGUCCACGCCCCGCAUUCCGCUGGGCUUGCAGGUGGAGCAGAGGCCAUCGCAGAGUAAUUUCUCCACUGUGGCCAUCGUGCCCGUCUCAGAGGACGUGCCGCUCUCACAAUUCACAUUGGAGCUUUAUCACUCUCUCCUCUCCAUUGGGCCGACAGUGAGGCUGACCUCAGAGUAUGUGGUGCGGUCAAUGGGCACCAGCAUCUGGGAGUCUGCCAACAAGUACCAGCUGGUUUCCUGGCUGGGACACAUGGAGGACCAGCACCGAGUCACGCUGUACCAGUGCGACGCCUCUCUCACCAUCUGGACGCAGCGUUGCAUCCGCCAGGCUGACGUCAUCCUCACCGUGGGCCUGGCAGACUCAGAGCCACAGAUGGGCAAGAUAGAAAAACACGUUGAGAAGAUGGCGGUGAGGACCCAGAAGGUGCUGAUUCUACUGCACCGAGAGGACGGUCCACCGCCAUCGGGCACCGUGCGCUGGCUUAACAUGCGGUCCUGGUGCCAAUCCCACCACCACAUCCGUGCUCCCAAGAGAGUCUUUCAUAAGAGAACCCCCGCCAAAAUUAUUGAGUAUUACACAGAGCGAGUGUUCUCCACGGAGCCCAACAUACACAGUGACUUCUCCCGCUUGGCCCGGGUCCUCACUGGCACCACGGUGGGGCUGGUGCUGGGGGGUGGCGGGGCACGUGGGGCGGCACACAUCGGCAUGAUCAAGGCCAUUAAAGAGGUGGGCAUUCCUAUUGACAUGGUGGCCGGAGUGAGCAUUGGAGCGCUGAUCGGGGCACUCUUCUGCCUGGAGGGUGACCUGGCUCGGGUGACUCAGAAGGCUCGGGAGUGGAGCAUGAAAAUGACACAAAUCUGGCGCAUGGUGUUUGACCUGACCUAUCCUGAGGUGGCCAUGUUCUCUGGCGCCGGCUUCAACACCCUCAUCCAUGAAGCCCUCGGAGACACCAACAUUGAGGAUCUGUGGCUUCCUUACUUCACUCUCACCACCGACAUCACCGACUCCACAGCUCGCAUCCACACCCAUGGAGUGGUCUGGCGUUACGUGCGUGCCUCCAUGUCAAUAGCCAUGCUGGUUCCCCCCUUACCAGAUCCCGUCGACGGACACUUGCUAGUUGACGGCUGCUACAUCAACAAUGUGCCAGGUGAUGUGAUGCGCAGCAAAUGGAGUGUGGGCAACAUCCUGGCCAUUGACGUGGGCUGCCAGUAUGAGACUCGCUUCACCAACUAUGGGGACUGUUUAUCAGGCUGGAGUGUGCUCUUCCGACGCUGCUUUCCCUUCAAGUAUUUCCUCAGGAAGGAGCUCAAGGUACCCAACCUGUACGACAUCCAGUCCCGGCUCUCCUAUGUGUCCUGCACCCGCCAGCUGGAGGAACUGAAGGCAAGCAACUACUGUGAGUACAUCCGGCCGCCCAUUGACAAGUAUCAGACGUUGCAGUUCGGUGCGUUUGACGAGAUCAAGGAGGUCGGUUACCAGCACGGCAAGACAUACUUCAGCGGCAUGCUGAAGGGGGGACGCACCGUGGAGAGCAUCUACCAGCUAAGUUGUCACUCCUCCUCCGAGUGUUGGCAGCACAGCAAGUUCAGCCUCAACGCAUCACCUGCCAGCUUCACAGACCUGGCCCAGGUGGUGUGCGCCGUCAAGAAGCCCACCGCCAAUAAUGUGAUAGAAGACUCCUCAGAGGAUGAUGUCGGGGGUGGCUAUGCCUCAGAGCCUAACACAAACACAGAGUUCUUUAAUAAGGUGUCAGAGGAACUGAGUGAGGUGUGGCGGAAGAGGACGGGAUCGCUCUCUGACAAUGACAUGAUGGAGCUGGACCACCAUGACAUGUUUGACGCUCACCGCAGCCGCCACCACGAAGACGACGAUGACGACGACGACGAUGAUGAUGAAGAUGCGGAGGCGGACAAUGAGGCAGAAGAUGCAGAUCUCUAGUGGGAAGGGAACUAGGGAGGGAAAUGUUAAGGGAAAAAAUAACUUGCCUAGAAUUCAGAGGCAGAUGUGUGAGGUGAAAGAAAAGGCUGUUUGAUGGCUGUUAUGUUUUGCUAUUGUUGAUUAAGCUUACCUUGCUCAUAUAGUUGGUUGCUUCCACGACAUUAGUGGUGUAAGUCAAGUGAACCUGUGAUGUCAGUGCACGACAGUUCAGGGUGUCCUCAAUGGUAGAGUUUAGUUGGAGAGUCUUGGACAUUUCAUUGGAGGGUUUGUUGACUCUAGUUUGGUAAGUGAUUAUUUUUUCUCCUGGACUGCCACCAAGCAUAGCACUGAGGGAAGGAGGUUGUACAUAAUAUAUCAGUUAUUUUUAGGUUAGUCUGGGCUCCUCAUACCUAAUCAAUUUGCUUACUUUGUACAAGGUUCUUACACAGCUCUUCAGAAAAACAAACUCUUGUAAGAUUUUGAAGCUACCUAUUUUUUACAUUUCACAAAGAUUUGUAUAUUAGGUAGAUGUGAGAGAAGAAAGGGUCCUGUUUAUGUUGUAUGAUAAAAGUAUAUUUUUACAGUGGUGUGAGAGUGAAUGUAUGGUCUGCAUUAUUGGCUUGUUUCAUCACUUUGGCACUCCUUUACUGCACUCACCUCUAUUCUCUAUGUCAACUGUCACUACUCGGGAAUUGUACAAUGGUGAAUAAGUUUAGAGUUGCAGAAUUUAUCAUGGAAGGUAUUAUUUGGGUGAAGUUUUCAUGGAGGAAGUUGUGUGGCUCAAGUCUUCUUGGGUGGAAGUGGUGCAGAGGCUUUGGAAGUAAGGAAGUGAUGUGCUUUCUCAAUUCUCACUGAUUGGAAAAGGAAGUACAUUCAAUAGCUUGUUAUUGAAAAGUAGGAAAGGAGUAGGAUUUGAUCUUGGGAAAGGAACAAGUUGUGACCUUAGUGAUCAGGAUGGAAUUGUGGUGUGGUAUUGGUGAGUUGGAGAGUGGGAUUGUGUGACACUGGGGGGAUGAGUACAACAAAAAGUCGUGCGGAAUGAUGAGGAGAUAGGACAAAGUUGGACUUUGGAGAGUUGUAUCAAUUUUUGUACCUAAAAAUGACAUCAAGGUUGUUCAAUGAGGAGAGUUUGGUGUGUACUGAAGUUCACCAGAGAUGGAGAAUGUAAACAAAGAAAAUUGUGCCAAACACACUGAACACAGUAUAGCAGUAGUGGAGGUCAGCACACCAGGGAGGGAAGGGAUAGUUAUGAGGUAGUUGAAGUAUUGGGGAUGAUAAUGGGGCCAUUAAUUUGGAGAGAAGUUCUGAAAACAUGAUUUUUCUUGUUUUUAAGAGAUGGUGUAUAUACAUAUAUUUUUAGGACUUCUCUGUGUAUUCAGUGUUUGCUGCACACAGUGCUGAAGUACACUGAAUCAUUGUUACACACACAACACAAUAGUACCUCUUUGAUCAGUGCAUCAAGUGUUUGCCACAGAAACUAUUUCUCAUCAGAACGUGUUCCCCACACAGUAUAUUUCCCUUUACAAAUAUGUUAUUGAUUUCUUACAUAGUAGAAUGUUGUGUACUUUUAAAGUCUAUUGAGCUUUAGCUAUGCAUAAUAUUGUGUCAUCAGAGUGCAUUAAACAUAGUCAUAUCUUUGAAUAGUGCAUUCAUAAGCAGAAGCAAUGGUCCUCAGUGUGUGCAACAGGCAAGGGACUCCCUGCCCAGUGCACACUCUGCUGCCUGUAGAAGGAAGAGGCUGUUCUCUAACCUUACCUUUCCUUGCAGGAAGGAGUAACCAAAGUUGCUUUUGUGUGUGCACAAGCCCAGAAAGUGUUACCUCAUGAAUCAAUGCAAGUGUGCUAGUCUAUUUUGCCAGAGGCAGAUCCACACACUUAGUGAAAGGCAGAGGCAGGAGUGAGAUCAUUGCAAUUAAUUUUAUCACAAAUUCUUAACAUUUUGAGAAGAAUUAAGAUUGUGUAUUCCACAUUAUCAUUUAGAUUUCAGGAAAAAGAUUAGAUGAAAGAGAUUGUAGGUACUGUUUGAAGCAUGUAGAUAGUAGUUUAAUUUUGAAGAAAGAAUUGGACUAACCUUUAACUCACUCUUAUCUUUACUUUCCUGGGUGUCCCGGGAUCUGCCUCUGGUCUUGUGUCAGAUGCUCCCACACACCAGAGUUGUGUGAUGUCUGCACAGGAUUUGUGUGCAGCAAUAUUUAAGUUAUUGUCACAUUUGAAGUCAUUGCUCUCAUUUGGCUGACCAUGUAGUGAAUCACUGUAGUGACCGCAUUGACAAGUCAUUCCUAAUUCACUGGUCAUUGCCUGGCAGCCAGCACUAAACAUUAAAUCAUCACCACAUCCACAAAGUUCAUUCAUGUACAUAUACUAGUACAUCAUUUGAAGGGAGAAGUGUGUUGAGAUAAUCACUUUGUACAUAAUUUUGUUAUCAGCAAAGUUUUACACAGCACAAAGGUUGUCAGAGGGAAGUGCCCUUUUGCAGCCAAGCUCUUGAACUUUACUAUAGAGAUACAAAGCAGGAUGUAGGUCAAGACUUUACCACUUGUUUGAUCUGUUACCUCGCACAUUUAGGAAAAGUGCAAGCAAUCACAGGUUUGCCAGGAAGAGCAACUUUAAGUCUGAAUCAAGUGUCUCUUGGUGAUAUUGCAUUUCCUUGAGUUUUUAUACCUUGUCCCCUUGAAUUAGCACCAAACCUCAUCAUAUGUACCCUUGACAAUUAUGUUAAUGGGAGUGUAGCAGUGUGUCCUCGUGACAGCAGCACAUGGCAGCAGCAGCAGUGUAAUGAGGGAGGGACUAAUGAUGAAACGCACAUUGAAAUGCAUGUCAGGGUGGGAGAGAGGAGAUAGAAAGCUGUGGUACUUGAAGGAGAUACAUUAAAGAGAGAGAGAGAGGGCAUGAGAGUGUGUUGUGCUCAGAUGCCAUGAAAUGAGAUGGUGAUAGAUGGCAAUGUUAGAGAGAACCUUAAACAUUUUAUAGGCCACCUUGCCCUCCUUUGUGUUGGAGCUCGUGGUGGACACUGCCAGGUUAUUGUUGUGCUCUGCUUGGUGUGUGUGUAACUAUCAGUCUGUAGUCUUUUGUAACCUGGUGGGUGACUGUGUAUGCUUAGUUCAGUUGGGAAGAGAGGAGGGAGGAACAUUGCAAGAUAGGAUGUGGUGGGAUUCUCCUGGUCAGACUCUCCUCUCACUGGUCUGGACUGGUUUGUGGCAGUCCCGGCCAGAAAUGAAGCUGCUGGCUGUCCCUGUGUGUGAAAAUGACUCUCAGUAGCAGUCUAGAAUAAAGUGCCUCUUUUUUUUA